GGAUACGGCAAUUCGUCCCGCCAAUCAAAUGUCUCCAUUUCCCCAUUUCCAGGUAGACGUCAGCCAUUGCCUGCGAACUCUCGCGUUUUCCUUUUGGGACAAUCUACCACGGAAACUCUGUCAUUACUCUUCGAGUCAUACACUCAAGACCUCCUGAAUCGCAUGCUUAUGAUUUUAUAA